GCAGCCAAUCGGAGAGGGCCGCGGGGCGGGGUCUGAGCGCUGUCGGGCCAGGCGCCUGUUACCUGGGCAGCGGCUCCCUCCCGCUGAGCCGGGCGAGCCGGCUCCCCCGGCCAGUCCCCUCUGCGGUCCGCACCGGCCAUCGGUUCGCCGGCAGGUCUAUAGGUGCAGCCAUGCAGGAAAGCAUCCGUUUUGCUUCAUCAGGAGAUGAUAUUAAAAUAUGGGACUCCUCAUCUAUAACAGUGGUGGAACAGUUCAACCCACAUACUUCGCAUUCAGUCAAUUCACUAUGUUGGGGCAAUAAUAAUAAUUUCCUGGUCACUGCGUCUACCAUCGGUGAUAAAAUAGUUGUUUCAAGCUGUAAGGGUAAACCUGUUCCACUUUUUGAACUAGCUGAAGGGGCAAAACAGACAUGUGUGAGCUUAAAUUCCAGUUCUAUGCAUAUUGUCAGUGGAGGCCUUGAUAACACUGUUAAAAUCUGGGAUUUAAAGUCUAGAAGACUUCAUCGAUGCCUUAAGGAUCAUAAAGAUGAAGUAACUUGUGUAACAUUUAAUUGGAAUGAUUGCUACAUUGCUUCUGGAUCUAUGAGUGGUGAAAUUAUUCUACAUAAUGUUACUACCAAUUUAUCCAGCACUCCCUUUGGUCAUGGUAGCAGUCAGCCUAUUCGACACUUGAAAUAUUCUUCCUUUAAAAAGUCUCUAUUGGGCAGUGUGUCUGACAGUGGAACUGUAACGCUGUGGGAUGUAAAUAGUCAAAAUCCAUACCAUAAUUUUGAAAAUGCUCACAAAGCUCCAGCCUCAGAAAUCUGCUUUUCUCCUGUCAAUGAGUUGCUACUUGUCACCAUAGGUUUGGAUAAAAGAAUCAUUCUCUAUGACACGUCAAGUAAAAAACUACUGAGAACUCUGGUAGCUGAAUCUCCUCUGACAGCAGUAGAUUUUAUGCCCGAUGGCACUACUCUGGCUAUUGGCUCUUCCCGUGGAAAAAUUUACCAUUAUGAUCUAAGAAAGCUGACAUCACCAGUAAAAACAGUCAGUGCUCACAAAACCUCUGUGAAGUGUAUACGCCUUCAGUACAGUAGCACUUGUUCAAAGUCCAGCUUUAAUAAAUGUUCUUCAAAUAAACCAGCAUCCAAAAGAACAGAUGUUAAAGCAAGUAGUAAUGUUGGAGGAAUUCAGAAUACUGGCAUAAUCAAAAAUCUUACCUCUAACACACCAAUUACAGUUUCACCCCAGCCCAUGUCAACAAUUGAGAGUAAAGGAGCAGAUGUUGUUCAGGACAAAACAGGUUUUCCUCGUAGCGGCAGCAUGGAUGUAAUUCUAUCUAAAGAAACAGAUCAUGGGAAGAGUGCCAAUAUGACUAACUUUGAUGAUCUGGGACGAGAUAGUUUGGGUGACAUGUUCUCUCCAGUCAGAGAUGAUGUUGCAGUUUACAAAACAAAUGAUGAUCUUCCAGGAAAAGGAGAUGGUUUGGAUUUUCAGCCCUACUUUCCUGGUUUGGAUUUCCUCCCCCAAUUCAACACUGUGUUUCCCAUAAAAAGAAACACAGUAGGUGCUUGCAUGCAAGGGACACGUUCUAGCCCAUUACAUGCAUUUGUGGGCUCUCCUAUUAAAGAAGAAGAAGAGCAUCCAAAUCAAGAUGCUGAAGCUACAAAAAUAAAUAUUGGAAAACAGGAAUCUAGAGAACCCUUGAAACAGCUUUCAAAAUUGAGCUCAUCGAAUGCUGAGUCUGGACAUUCAAAUACUCCACCUUUGCCCACUGUAAUCAAGACUCCGGAAGCAAAUGAGAGGCUAGGGAAGAAUAUUCAGGCACUCUUGAUGUCCGAUUCACCAGUAAAUGGUACUACCUCAGCAACUCCAAAGAUAACUUCCUCUGUCACUGCGGGAGUUGCCAGUUCAUUAUCUGAAAAAAUAGUAGACACCAUUGGAAGUAAUAGACCAAAUGCACCAUUGACAUCAGUUCAAAUUCAUUUCAUUCAAAAUAUGAUACAGGAAACACUAGAUGAUUUCAGAGAAGCAUGCCAUCGAGACAUUGUGAAUUUGCAAGUGGAGAUGAUUAAACAAUUCCAUAUGCAGUUGAAUGAAAUGCAUGCCUUGCUUGGAAGAUACUCUGUAAAUGAAAGCUUAGUAGCUGAAAUUGAGAGACUACGAGAGGAAAACAAAAGACUAAGGACCCACUUCUGAAAGGUCCACACCAAGCUUAUUUUCUUGGCAUGAACAUAAUGAAUUUUGUACUUUAACCUUCAAGAUGUCAUCUGCCGAACACUGAAGUCGUGUAUGAAGACCAGUAUUGUUUUCUUGAACUCGGAAAACCUCUUCUUUUAAAUAAAUGUUAUAAGACACAAUACUUAACUGUAAAAUUUUUAACAGAGAUAAAUCUGCACUAAUAACCUCUGUAAAGAAUGUGUUCGUAUCUUUAUGGUAAACUGACUUGAAAUACAUGUGUUGUCUAACAGGAUAAGUAUUUUAUCAGAGCUUUAGCUGUCCAUGAAGUGCCUUUUAUAAAUGAAAAGGAAACAGGACAAAUGUAUUUUCCAUAAGAAUUUUUUAUAUAUACCUACUGUCAGAACUGUGUAGACUGACGCAUUAUUUUACACUUUUGUCAGCAGCAGUUUAUUUUAGCUUCAGUAUUUCGACUAUUUUUGUGAAAAACUAUAUUGUUUUCAGUAUAAUAUUUGGAGUUUUGUUUCUGCAUAGCUGGGAAAAACAGGGAAUCUACUAGUAAUUAUUUGAUUAACGUGCAGUUAUAGAUAACUCAAAACUUUUUCUAUAUGGAGCAAAACUUGGGUUCAGUCUUGGAAAUAUUAAUGAAUAUGAUAUCAUCCUCUUGCUUGUGGGUUUUUUAAAAUGUUUUUUAUGAGAAAUGUGUGCUCUUCUGCCACUGAUUCUUCCUCUCCCAUUGCUCCUCUCCCCCUUCCCCCCGCUUAUAAAUGUUAAAUUUUAGGAUGAGUUUUUGUUAAAAUUUAGUUGUGUAAACUAGAAUCCUUUCACUUACAUAAGUAUGAAUAUUUACAUAAUUUAAUGGCAUAUUGAGUAACUUACCCAGUUUCAUUGAAUAUAACUUAUAGCCUUUGAAAUGUUCUGUGUGAACACACUUAACCAGUAGUACUGUUUACCACUACUGUAACUUUCUUUUGGCCAUGCUGAAUACCAAAUUAAUUCAUUUGUCUUAGCUAUAAGCUAACAUGGCUGCAUGUGUGACGCCAGUACUGACUGUUAGUUCAGCAGUAUAACACUGCCAGGCCUAUUCGUGCAGUCCUUAGUGAGGCAAAAUAUCUGAAGUGAAAUCCUGGCCCCUUUGAAGUCAAUGGGAGUUUUGUCACUGACUUCAUUGGGGCCAGGGUUUCGCCCACAGUCUCACCAGUGAAAGUGUUGCCUCAGCAAGGGCUGAUUAGGCUCUGCUACAAGUGCCUUUUGCAGAUGAUGAUCUGAAGAUCUUAAGAUACCCACAACCAUUACAUGAUGUUCCAGUUGAAAAGAAGAUUUCAAAAAAGAAAAUACUGAGAACACAGAGUUCAUUAGCUACAACAUGUAACGUUUAUCUCCAGCAUGACAUUCUUCCAAUAAAUGAAAAAGCCAUGACAAAACACUGUCUGUCACUUUACUUAAAAUAAUACAUUGCAAAGUAUGAAACAUGCAAGAAAACUAUUUGAAUCUUGUCACCAUCUUUAACGUGAUUUUUUUAAAAGAGGGAAGCAUAAGGGAGUGGCUCCUGUAUUUUUUUACAAGCUAAUUACUUAUUUUUUUCUUGUAAAAAAUUGAAUAAUAUUGGUGUAACCUUCAACAUUAUGAUCAGGACUUGAAUAUCAGUUUGUAGUUUAUUGCUACCAUGUUCAAAAGAGCUUUUAAAAAGUGUUUCUAUAUUGAGUUGAAUUCAAGGAAGCAGAAUAAAUUAAACUUAUUUUUAGUAAUUUAAUGCAAAUGUACAGAUAACAGUAUUUUGUAAAACUUUUGUAAGUUUAUAGAAUGAGUAAGCAAUUUCUGACACUCAAAUUACAAGCCACAAACUUGUGGAAAAAGAUGGUGGUUAAAAGUAUGGCAAAUCUUUCACAGUUCUACAGCAUGCAUUGUUAAGCUGAUGUAGCACCCAAACAUGCCCAGACUCUGUUCCCAAGGCUUUCACACCAGAAUGGCCAUAAAAUAGCAGGGAGUUGAAAGAGCAUCCUAAGUAUUUGUCUGCAGAUGUCACCAAGACUUCUACUUUUUGAUUUCAGAACCUUAGGUAAGCUUUUGAACAAAGGACAUCGCAACAACAGUGAUUGAAGGAAGAAAAGGUUUUGACCUUUUGUCCUGGGGCUUGUUUCCUUAUCUCAAGAUUUAUGUGGCACUGGUGACUGGUAGAGACACUCCAGCAAUCCUGAUAGCCCCUAGGGGGGCAAAUAGCAUGUUUUACUUGUACACAGAUCUGAACUGUAUUUUAAAAUAAAAUUGUUUAUUUUAACUCUUAGAACAAAGCACUUGUGGUAACAGUUUUUUUGAAUAAUGAUGCAGAAGUGUGUCUGAGUCAGGAAGAAGACUGCAAACUAGGGACGGGCCACGUCUUAUGGAAGAUUCUCAGCUCCAGAAGUCUCAUUGAAUCCCACCUUGGAAUCCCUUGUUGAGUCUAGCUUUGCAGUAUCUCCCUCUACUUUUGAAUGUGGCAGCCAUCUAAAGGAAGUGGUGUUAUGGAAAUGUUCCAUUUAUGCCAUGUGAUUCUGGAGUAAUAGAUAUAUCUGACUUGGAAAUGAGUAUGAUUAUGACAGGAUCGGUGGCCGUUGCUGAAGAGCACUUUCAAAUAAAUGUUUUUGAGAAAGGCAGAGUGCAUGUUCUCUACCCCCGUUCUCAGGUACUGGUGAGUCUGGGAUCCUGGACUCUCCUCCCUCCUGUGCAGUCAUUUCCUGGACUCGUAUACGCUUCCUCUUUCCUCCCUCUUUGAAAAAUAAACAGUUUAAUUUUUUCCCUUGUCUUGGUUUAUAGCAAGAUAG